ACACCCACCCACCGCACAGCACACCACAGCCGCCACCCAGCCUCAUCUCUCCCCUUCCUUCUGACCACUACCCCCAAUCCCCCCCCCACUGCAACCAACCAACCAACCAAAUCCGCCGCCAUGGCUUCCGAUGGCACCGGCGUCGUGGCCCUCUACGGCGGCGGCGGCGGCGGCAACAACAACAACAACAAGGUCAAGGUCGUCGACGCCUCCUCCAAGUCCCCAGCCGCCGCCGCCACCUUCUCCGUCAAGGUGGGCCUGGCGCAGAUGCUGCGCGGCGGCGUCAUCAUGGACGUGGUCACGCCGGAGCAGGCGCGCCUUGCCGAGGAGGCCGGGGCCUGCGCCGUCAUGGCGCUGGAGCGCGUCCCCGCCGACAUCCGCGCGCAGGGCGGCGUGGCCCGCAUGUCCGACCCGGCCCUCAUCCGCGACAUCAAGCGCGCCGUCACCAUCCCGGUCAUGGCCAAGGCGCGCAUCGGCCACUUCGUCGAGGCCCAGAUCCUGGAGGCCGUCGGCGUCGACUACGUGGACGAGAGCGAGGUGCUCACCCCCGCCGACGACGCGCACCACAUCAACAAGCACAACUUCCGCGUCCCCUUCGUGUGCGGCUGCCGCGACCUCGGCGAGGCGCUGCGCCGCAUCCGCGAGGGCGCCGCCAUGAUCCGCACCAAGGGCGAGGCCGGCACCGGCAACGUCGUCGAGGCCGUGCGCCACGUCCGCUCCGUCAUGGGGGCCGUCCGCGCCCUGCGCAGCAUGGACGACGACGAGGUCUUCGCCUACGCCAAGCGCAUCGCCGCGCCCUACGACCUCGUCAUGCAGACCAAGCAGCUGGGCCGCCUCCCCGUCGUCCAGUUCGCCGCCGGGGGAGUCGCCACCCCCGCCGACGCCGCGCUCAUGAUGCAGCUCGGCUGCGACGGCGUCUUCGUCGGCUCGGGGAUCUUCAAGAGCGGCGACCCCGCGCGCCGCGCCCGUGCCAUCGUGCAGGCCGUCACACACUACAGCGACCCGGAGAUCCUCGCCGACGUCAGCGCAGGGCUCGGGGAGGCAAUGGUCGGGAUCAACCUCUCCGACCCAAAACUCGGGGUGGAGCGCUACGCCGCGCGCUCCGAGUAGCGCCAUCCAUCACCAUCACCAUCCCCAUCCCCCCGGUUGACGUUACAAGAAGAAAAGAAACAAAACUCAAGGAAGAAAUUGAGAAUGCACCUCCAUGCUAUUAUGCAUUCUGUUCCUCCUGAAAAAGACAUUGCUAUCAUCCUUUCGCAUCAUCGAGCUAUCUAUCAAUAUUCAGUCACCCUGUUCUUCUUAAGUUGCUCCUGUCCCUACUUACUACUUCGAUCAAAUCACCUGCUGUGUUCAUCCCUUGUUAGUAUAUAGUGAGUACUUUUGGGGACUGGUUGCCCAGUAAUAAAUAAGAAUGGAGUACUGGGCGUGGCUGCGGCCCAUAAUCCUGCCUUGGAUCUGGAACGCAGUAUGCCUCAUCUUUCCUUUCAGUGGAGUUGCUUAUGUUGUUGUUGUUGUUGCUUGUCUGGGGUUUGUUACUUGCAGGAUCCCCAACAAUGUACUUUGUGUUUUUGUUUUCCUUAUUCUUAUCUUUCUUUUGACAUGGAAAAAAAAGAAAUCAAUGGAAUUCCAUUGCCGAGUGUGGCCACCCA